GAAAUGUAGGGGCUAAGUUAGAUUCUUUAAAUGUAUCUAUUCCUUGAAACGAAGCAAUCCACGAACUACAUCUGUUUUUCUUGUUCCAGGAAACCUAAUCAGAGAUAUUUCACAAGAAUGAAGCAAUCGAAGGACCCAUUUGAAGCGGCGUUCGAAGAGCAGGAGGAAUCGCCUCCGAACUCUCCUUCUGCCGUCGACGACCUCGAAAUUCCGACCAAUGUAGCCCCUGCUACCGCCGACGCUUUUGAUUUGCAAGACGCCGGCGACGAUGAUUCAAAAUCCGCUGCUGUUGCCACACAUUCCGCUGCUCCUGCAUCCUCCACUUCUAUGUUUGUUUCCUCUUCCUCCAAUGUCUCUGCCGCCCCUAAAACCAAAGAAGAUGAUGACGAAGAAGAGGAAGAGAAUGUCGAAGUUGAACUUGCCAAAUUUCCCUCGAGUGGUGAUCCAGAUAAGAAUAUGGCAAAGAUGCAAGCCAUUCUCUCACAAUUUACGGAAGAGCAGAUGAGUCGUUACGAGUCCUUUCGCAGAGCUGGAUUUCAGAAAGCUAAUAUGAAAAGGCUGUUAGCAAGCAUAUCGGGGACGCAGAAAAUUUCUGUACCAAUGACAAUCGUAGUGUCUGGUAUAGCUAAGAUGUUCGUUGGGGAACUCGUAGAAACAGCAAGAGUUGUUAUGACAGAGCGGAAUGAUUCGGGACCUAUCAGGCCAUGUCAUCUCAGAGAAGCAUAUAGAAGACUAAAGCUUGAAGGUAAGAUUCCUAGGAAAUCAGUGCCUAGGCUCUUUCGCUAAUCACUCUGUUUAAUUUAUAAUCUUUGCAUUAGGAGUUUUUGGAAGAAAAUUUCAAUAUUAAAGCAUCAAACUUAGCAAAACAUCUAAUAAAUAUAAGUUCAUACCAUAUUUUUGUACGAAUUGGCUUCUCAUUUUGCUACAAGCACGAAUUACUGAAGGGAGAAAAACACAAGCAUGGAUUUCAAAGCACUGGAAUUAAACCUAUACAUUUAAAUAGUAUAACACAUUUGAUAGUUAUAUGGAG